GCCAGCAAUGGACAAUCCAAAUUCGGUACAGAGACUCACAGCCAUCCAACAAAAUCCGGAACCCAGAAAGUGUGAGAGAAGUCAUGGAUAUCGUAAAUCUCUCACUCUCAAGACCUCCACCUUCUCUCCCCUUCUUCUCUUCUUCCCACUCCACUUUCCUCCACAAUAACCUCUCCGUCAACUUCAGAACCCGUAAUUCUUUGGCCUUAUCAAACAGAGGCAGACCUGGAAUAGCCAUCAAGAAGAAGGGUUUUACUUGUAAUGCUUUGUUUGGUCUUGGAGUGCCAGAGCUAGUUGUCAUUGCUGGAGUGGCUGCUCUGGUCUUUGGACCCAAGAAAUUGCCUGAAGUUGGGAGGUCUAUUGGAAAGACUGUCAAGAGCUUUCAACAGGCUGCAAAAGAGUUUGAGACAGAACUUAAGAAGGAUCCUGAUUCUGCAAUGGAAUCUGCUGAAGAGAAACCUACAGCAAUCAGUGAAGAGAAUAGAGAAGGCACACAAGUUCCGAGCUCCAAGUAGAUUCUACAAUUUCGUAGAAAUAUAAUUUUGUUGGCAUCUCAUCUCAAAUCAUAUCCAUUGUACCAAAGAUUAGAACUAGUAGAUCAAUUUCAAUGUAUGUCAGCACAUGAGAACUCAUGUUGUGGAAUAGCAAGCUUAUCUUGCCUCUGUAUUAUACAGCCUUUUUGAGAGUUUAAAAGAUAUGAAUUCUGCCGCUCUCCCGGCUCCGAUCAAUGGAGGAAUUCUGUAGUUUUUGCA